UUAAACAUUUCUGAUGCGACAUAUUAUUAGUAUGAAGAUGGUUAAGAGCAACACAUACGAUUCAGCUGGUGUUUUCUCACGUUUGUUUUAUUGUUGGUUUUUUCCAAUAAUAAUUAAAGGAGCAAAGAGACCUUUAAAGGAAGAUGAUUUAUUCGAGUCAUCAAAAUAUCAUACUUCAGAAUAUCUUGGAAAUAUGCUUCAAAAAGAGUGGAACAUAGAACUACAGAAGAGAAAUCCAAGUCUUAUUAAAGCUUUAUUACGAUUUGUUGGAUGGAAAUUCUUAGUACAUAUUUUACUUGUAUUCACCCAAGAUACGGUGGUAGUUGCAGGCCAAGCAUACUUAUUGGGAUUAACAAUACAUUACUUUGAUAAAACAUUGGAACGGAAUCAAUACAAUAUUUAUUUAUCCAUUGCUGGAUUUUUUUGCAUAACUGCAAUUUAUUUGUUUACAUGGAAUACUAACAGCUUUUUGUCAGAAAUAUGUGGAAUGAAAGUAAAAGUAGCUUUCUGCACACUUAUAUAUAGAAAGGCAAUUAAAUUAAGUCCUUCAUCUUUAGAAAAAUCGAAUGUAGGACAAAUGGUAAACCUUCUAGCAAAUGAUGUCACCAAAUUUCAAAAUGGUAUUUACUGCAUUCCAUAUUUAUUUACAAAUCCAUUCUUCAUCAUUGUUUCUAUUGCCAUGUUGUGGCAAUACUAUGGAUGGACUAUAUUAGCAGGAUUCCUGGCUAUAUUUCUCUACAUUCCUACGCAAUUUGCUUUGAGUAAACUAUAUUCAAAAUUGAGAUUACAAGCAGCCAUAUUAGGCGACAAAAGAUUGAACCUAUUGAAUGAGAUGAUUGCUGAUAUGAGAUUAAUUAAAAUGUACACCUGGGAAUUGCCAUAUGCUGCAUUGGUGGAGAAAAUCAGAGAGAAAGAAAUGAAAAAAGUUCGAAUGUUUCUAUAUACAAAAGGAGUAGCGCAUAUAUUUUCAUAUCCUAUAUCGAAGUUAUUUACUUCCCUCACAUAUCUUGUUUUUUUCUUAAAUGGAGGACAAUUGAAUGCCCAAAUUGUAUUCGUCACUAUGACUGUUUCAAUGUACAUUUUCGUUAGCACUGUUAGUCUAUUUUCUGGUGCAGUAAAUAAUGCUGCAGAAAUCUUGGUUUCAUUGAAGAGACUUCAGGAAUUCCUUCUCCUUCAUGAAAAAGACACCAAUGAUAUCGAAAUUGUGAAGGAAGUAGGAAAUUUAAACAAAUCUGGAAUAUGGAUGAAUAAUGUUACAGCUACAUGGAAAAAUGAAUCCCAACCUACAUUGAGUGAGAUAUGUUUAAAUGUACAGCCUGGAGAAUUAUUAACUGUUAUAGGUCCUGUUGGAUCAGGAAAGACAUCUUUAUUAAUGUCCGUUUUGGGAGAAAUUCCUGUUACGUCUGGAAAAGUGAUAGUGAAAGGAAAAAUAGCUUAUGCUUCUCAAGAAGCUUGGGUAUUCAACGAAACUGUCAGAGAAAAUAUCUUGUUCGGAGAAGAAUUCAAAGAAGAGAAAUACAGGAAUGUCUUGUAUAUAACUGCUCUAGAAAAGGAUAUAAGCUUAUUUCCGAAAGGUGAUCUGACUAUUGUGGGAGAGAGGGGAGUGAUAAUGAGUGGCGGGCAAAAGGCAAGAAUUAAUCUAGCAAGAGCACUAUAUCUCGAUGCUGAUAUAUUCCUUCUUGAUGAUCCACUAAGUGCGGUUGAUGUUCCAGUGGCAAAACAUAUAUUCGAAAAAUGUAUAAUGGAGCAUUUAAAAGAUAAGAUUUGCAUUUUAGUUACACAUCAAGUACAGUUUUUAAACCCUGCAAGUAAAAUUUUAGUGUUAAAUAAGGGAACAUGCGAGUUUAUUGGCAAUUACAAUAAAAUGGAAAGUUUAGAAAUGCUUACAGAAAUAUUACCAGAGAAAGAAAUCACUGAAAAUAGGAUGGAAUUAGAGACUGCACUUUUCAAUGAUGAUGAAAGGAUUGAAAGCACUGAAACUAUUACUGAUGAUAUUAAAGAUAUUAACAGUGUUAAUGUGGAAAAUGAAAAUAAGAAAAUACCACAUGAUGAUGAAGAAAAUGAAAAAGUAGGAACAUCAGUGUAUAAAGAAUAUAUGAAUGNGACAUGCAAGACGCAGAUGCAAGCACUAUAUCUCGAUGCUGAUAUAUUCCUUCUUGAUGAUCCACUAAGUGCGGUUGAUGUUCCAGUGGCAAAACAUAUAUUCGAAAAAUGUAUAAUGGAGCAUUUAAAAGAUAAGAUUUGCAUUUUAGUUACACAUCAAGUACAGUUUUUAAACCCUGCAAGUAAAAUUUUAGUGUUAAAUAAGGAAAAUGAAAAUAAGAAAAUACCACAUGAUGAUGAAGAAAAUGAAAAAGUAGGAACAUCAGUGUAUAAAGAGUAUAUGAAUGCAGGAGCAGGUUUCUCUUUCAAGAUCUUUUUAUUACUGUUGAUAGUUGUAUCACAAUGCGUUUUAAGUGCCAGCGACUAUUGGCUUUUCAUAUGGUUGCGUAACAAAAGAAUGUAUAGACAAAGUACAGAAAAAAUCCAAAAUUUUACGUUUAAAACAACGAAUUUUAACAAUAGUGAAGAUACAGAAUUAUACUAUAGUGAAGAGUUGAACGUAUAUAUUUACUUCGGACUGAUAUGUGCAGUAAUUCUCACGAUGGCACUUUCUGGCUUACUAUUGUUGAAAUUUUUGACUGCUGCAUCAUCUAAGCUGCACAACAAUAUGUUCCGUUGUAUUACUCGCACUCCAAUAUCAUUUUUGGAUAACAAUCCUGUUGUACCUUCUCUGUCAAGGUUGCGUAACAAAAGAAUGUAUAGACAAAGUACAGAAAAAAUCCAAAAUUUUACGUUUAAAACAACGAAUUUUAACAAUAGUAAAGAUACAGAUUUAUACUAUAGUGAAGAGUUGAACGUAUAUAUUUACUUUGGACUGAUAUGUGCAGUAAUUCUCACGAUGGCACUUUCUGGCUUACUAUUGUUGAAAUUUUUGACUGCUGCAUCAUCUAAGCUGCACAACAAUAUGUUCCAUUGUAUUACUCGCACUCCAAUAUCAUUUUUGGAUAACAAUCCUGUUGGUAAAAUCUUAAAUCGGUUUUCCAAAGAUGUGGAUAACAUGGAUGGUGUUUUGCCUUUUUCCUACUACUCUGUAAUAAGAGGAUUUACUCUGGUUGCUGGUAUGUGUGUUCUUCAAGCAAUCUUCCGUCCUUAUGUACUCAUAUUGUGUUGUGUCAUAGCAAUAAUUUUCUGCGUUUUAUGGAAGAUCUAUACCCGAGUGCUAAAAAGCAUAAAAGAAAUGGAAGGGAAAAGGAGAAGUCCAGUAUUUUCUCAUCUCAGUAUAUCCCUUUAUGGACUAACAACGAUCAGAGCAUUUAAAGCUGAAAGUAAAUUUAUAUCUACAUUUAAUGAGUAUCAGGAUAAGCACACUGCAACGUGGUUCAUCUAUUUGACUUUGUAUCGAUUUCUUUAUGUAUAUGGUCACAUGAUUUGUUUUAUAAAUGUAAUUAUUACUGUGAUUAUUUUCAGUGUUUCAGUUAAUUCAGAUGAUGCAGGAGGCCAAAUCGGAAUUGUUAUGAAUUAUGGAGUAUUAAUGAUUUUGUAUUUUCCAGCCCUUAUUAGAAGGAGAAGUCCAGUAUUUUCUCAUCUCAGUAUAUCCCUUUAUGGACUAACAACGAUCAGAGCAUUUAAAGCUGAAAGUAAAUUUAUAUCUACAUUUAAUGAGUAUCAGGAUAAGCACACUGCAACGUGGUUCAUCUAUUUGACUUUAUAUCGAUUUCUUUAUGUAUAUGGUCACAUGAUUUGUUUUAUAAAUGUAAUUAUUACUGUGAUUAUUUUCAGUGUUUCAGUUAAUUCAGAUGAUGCAGGAGGCCAAAUUGGAAUUGUUAUGAAUUAUGGAGUAUUAAUGAUUUUGUAUUUUCCAGCCCUUAUUAGAAGUUCAUCUGACAUGCAAUUUCAGAUGAACUCGGUAAAACGCAUACUAAACUACACCAAAUUAAAAUCAGAAGCAUCGUACGAAAGUACUGCUGAUAAACAACCUCCUUCAGAUUGGCCACAGAAAGGAGAAAUUCAUUUUGAUAAUGUUUCUUUACAAUAUUCUAAUGAUAAAAAUACGGUUUUAAAGAACUUAAGAUUUCGUAUUAACUCGGGAGAAAAGAUAGGAAUUGUUGGAAGAACAGGAGCUGGAAAAAGUUCUAUAAUUGCUUCGUUAUUUCGCAUGAGAGAACCAACAGGAACGAUAACCAUCGAUGGAGUUGACACUAAAGAUAUUGGUCUUCGGGAUCUACGUAGUAAAAUAUCAAUCAUUCCUCAAGAUCCAAUGUUAUUUACCGGUCCGCUUCGAAGAAAUAUUGAUCCUUUUAACGAAUAUUCAGAAGAAAUGAUGUGGAAAGCCAUAGAAGAGGUUCAAUUAAAAGACGUUAUCAGUAAGUUGCCUGGGGGAUUGGAUACACAUUUAACAGAAGGAGGACGAAAUUUCAGCGUAGGAGAAAGACAGUUAAUUUGUCUUGCCAGAACCAUACUACGUCAGAACAAAAUUCUUGUUAUGGACGAAGCAACAUCCAAUGUAGAUAAAAAAACUGAUUCCUGCAUACAAAAAAUAAUUCGAGAAAAAUUCAAAUCUUGUACAGUGUUGACAAUAGCCCACAGAUUAAAUACAAUUAUUGAUUCGGAUAGAGUCAUGGUUCUAGAUAAUGGAAAACUACAAGAAUUUGACACGCCAUAUACAUUACUUAAAAAUGUGAAUGGUACUUUUUAUAAUUUGGUAAAGAACACGGGAGUAACUUCAAUGAAUGAGUUAUACAAAAUUGCCAAAGAAAAACAUUAUGUUCAAAAAUAUAUGGAAAGUACGAAACUAUAAAACAGCAGAUCGUCUUUGUUACAUAUCAACCCAGUAUUAGCAAUGUCUACUAUUAAAUUUGUAUUUGAUAAUUAAACAUUUUUUAUAUAGAAUCAGAAGUGUUU